AUGGCGAAUCGCGAUUUAAUGCUCGGACAAAACCAUAACAUCGGUAUUGGUCAGGGUCAGUCAUUGGUGCUUGGUCACAACAGCCACGGUCUAGGGCUUGGUCAAAGCCAUGAUGUGGAUUUAGGGCAAGGCCACAACAUGGAUUUAGGACAGGCUCAUCACGAUCACGAUCAUGAGAUUGAUUUAGGACAUCCACAUGAUGAUCAUGAGCUAGGCUUAGGAAGUAGCGAGAAUCAAGAUGAAGAGGAUCAUCAACAUCAUCACCAUCAUCAUCACGAUUACAUGAACGAGAACGAAAUCUCGGUAGAUGAAAAGCCUGGCCACCACGAGGAGGACGGUGUUGAUCCUGAUUUAGUCCUCUCCUCGCAAAACCAUGACUUUUCAUUAUCGGAUAACAACCAGAUGGUGGUUGGGGAAGAAGACCAUGACCUAGACGAGAAUCUCGAACUAGCUGUUGACUCAAGUCACGAGAUUGGUAUCGAUGACCACGGUGAAAUGGUUAUGGUCAGCACUCCGGUUCAAGCCAGAGCUCUCUCUGACGAGCUAACGUACCAGCUCACGGUUGGUCAAGAGUUUCCAGACGUUAAGAGCUGCCGCAGAGCGUUGAGAGACAUGGCGAUUGCUCUUCAUUUCGAAAUGCAGACGAUCAAAUCCGACAAAACUCGUUUCACGGCCAAGUGUUCAACCGACGGAUGUCCAUGGAGAGUCCACGCCGCAAAGCUCCCCGGUGUGCCAACUUUCACAAUCAGAACCAUCCAUGAAAGCCACAGCUGUGGAGGAAUCAACCAUUUAGGUCACCAGCAAGCUUCCGUCCAGUGGGUGGCUAGCUCCGUCGAGCAACGUCUCCGAGAGAAUCCGAAUUGUAAACCGAAAGAGAUUCUUGAAGAGAUACACCGUGUCCAUGGGAUUACCUUGUCGUACAAGCAAGCUUGGCGUGGCAAAGAAAGAAUCAUGGCGACUAUGCGAGGAUCUUUCGAAGAAGGGUAUCGGUUGCUUCCUCAGUACUGCGAACAGGUGAAGAGAACGAAUCCGGGAAGCAUUGCUUCUGUUUACGGAAGUCCUGCUGAUAACUGCUUCCAGCGUCUCUUCAUCUCUUUCCAAGCUUCCAUCUACGGGUUUCUAAACGCGUGUCGUCCGCUUCUUGGACUCGACAGGACGUAUCUAAAGAGCAAGUACUUGGGGACUCUGCUUCUCGCCACUGGCUUCGACGGUGACGGUGCGUUGUUUCCGUUAGCGUUUGGGAUUGUUGACGAAGAGAACGAUGAGAACUGGAUGUGGUUCUUGUGUGAGCUUCAUAACCUUCUUGAGACCAAUACAGAGAACAUGCCGAGGCUCACCAUCUUGUCAGACAGACAAAAAGGGAUAGUGGAAGGCGUGGAGCAGAAUUUCCCAACUGCGUUUCAUGGAUUCUGUAUGAGACAUUUGAGCGAGAGCUUCCGCAAGGAGUUCAACAACACGAUGCUGGUUAACUAUCUGUGGGAAGCUGCUCAAGCUUUGACGGUGAUUGAGUUUGAAGCCAAGAUUCUUGAGAUUGAAGAGGUUUCUCAAGAUGCAGCGUACUGGAUCCGGAGGAUCCCUCCUCGGCUGUGGGCUACUGCGUACUUCGAAGGACAGCGGUUUGGUCACUUGACCGCGAACAUAGUCGAGUCGCUGAACUCGUGGAUCGCUGAAGCGUCUGGUCUUCCGAUUAUUCAGAUGAUGGAAUGCAUUAGGAGACAGUUAAUGACUUGGUUCAACGAACGACGUGAGACGAGUAUGCAGUGGACUUCAAUCCUCGUUCCAACCGCUGAGCGGCGUGUAGCGGAAGCUCUUGAGCUUGCAAGAACCUAUCAGGUGCUUCGAGCGAAUGAAGCGGAGUUUGAAGUUAUAUCUCAUGAAGGGAACAACAUUGUUGAUAUUAGGAAUCGGUGCUGUCUCUGCCGUGGUUGGCAGUUGUACGGUUUGCCUUGCGCGCACGCCGUGGCGGCGCUGCUUUCGUGUAGACAGAAUGUGCAUCGGUUCACUGAGAGCUGUUUCACUGUGGCUACGUAUAGGAAGACCUAUUCUCAGACGAUUCAUCCGAUUCCUGAUAAGAGUCUUUGGAGAGAGCUCUCUGAGGGAGAUCCUAACGUGAAUAAAGAGGCUCUUGAGGCUGUUAUAAACCCACCGAAGUCGCUGAGACCACCUGCCGGUGUAACCAGACCGGCCAUUUCAGAACCACUUGUGCUGCACCCAUUUGAUUUGGAAGCAACAACACUGAACAACUCCGUUAAGUGUGCUAUAAAAAGACAGGUGGUUCUUGAUCAAUUUCAAGAUUUGAGGUAA